AUGUGGCGUCGCGGCGUGCAUACGGUCGUGAUCGGUGGGGGGCAUGCGGGUGUCGAGGCUGCUGCGGCCUCUGCGCGAACGGGCGCGUCCACCGUGCUGCUCACGACGUCGGCGGCGACCAUUGGCGAAAUGAGCUGCAAUCCCAGCAUCGGCGGCAUUGGCAAAGGCACCCUGACGCGUGAAACGGACGCACUGGGUGGGCUGAGUGGCAUAGCGGCGGAUCAUGCCGCCAUCCAGUUUCGUAUGCUGAAUCGGUCGAAAGGCGCGGCCGUGCAUGGCCCACGCGCCCAAAUGGACCGGUAUUUGUACAAGACGCGCAUCCAGCAGAUGCUGCGCGAGAUACCCCGCCUCUCGAUCCGAGAGGCCCACGCGCAUGGCCUGGACAUGGACGAGGGGCCUACUGGCCGGCGUGUCACGGGCGUGCGACUCGCCUCCGGUGAGAGCAUCCCGUGCGACCAGGUCGUCUUGUGCACAGGCACCUUCUUGUCCGCCUGCAUCUUGCUCGGCAAGCAGCGGCGUCCAGCGGGGCGAAUGCUGCCGCUGCCGAGUCAGGGCACGGAGCCCAGCACCGAGUCACUCGGCGCGUCGCUGGCGCGUGCUGGGUUUCAGCUCGCGCGGCUCAAGACGGGCACGCCGCCGCGCAUAGCUGCCUCCUCUGUGGCUCUCGGCGCUAGAUACCCGGGUCAUCAGGCCGCCCAGCGUUCCGAGGCUCUGAGUGUGCUGUGUGGCGAUGACGAGCCAGCGGCGUUCUCUUUCCUGCAUCGCGAUGGACCGCCUAUCGAUGCAUGUCGCCAAAUGUAUUGCUACGGCACACGCACGACGCCAGCGACGCAUGAGAUCGUGCAUACGGAAGUACAUGGCGACGACUACGACAUGACGAAGUAUGCCGGUCCGCGGUACUGUCCGUCGCUGGAAGUCAAGGUCCUUCGCUUCGCGCACAAGUCGUCGCAUCCCGUGUGGCUCGAGCCAGAGGGCUUUCUUACGACGCCGCAGGGCGAUGGGCAUGUGCUGUAUCCGAACGGCCUUUCCUGCUCUCUCGCGCCCGAGACGCAGGCACGCUUGGUGCGCACGAUCCCUGGACUGGAGCAUGCCGAGCUGCUGAGGCCAGGCUACGCGGUCGAGUACGACCACUUGGAUCCACGCGAGCUGCUCCCGACGCUCGAGACGCGGCGGAUCCGGGGCCUGGCUCUGGCGGGCCAGAUCAAUGGCACGACAGGCUACGAAGAGGCCAGUGCUCAGGGCCUGUUGGCCGGUCUGAAUGCGGGUCUGCGUGCGCAGCGCCGUCCGGAGCUGUGCCUCUCUCGCAGUGAGGCGUUCGUGGGCGUCAUGCUCGAUGAUCUGCGCUUGCAAGGGGUCGUGGAGCCGUACCGCAUGUUUACGUCGCGCUCCGAGUAUCGAUUAUCGCUGCGCUCCGACAAUGCCGACGUGCGACUCACGCCGCUCCUGCAUGCCGUGUGCCCCGAGGCCGUAUCGCCGGCGCGCCUUCGAGCGCUGCAUGCCGUCCAGGCGGACAUGGACUACGGUAUGGCAUGCUUGCAGCGCACGAAAAUGACAUCGCGUGCGUGGGCCCAGCACGGAUUCCAGGCCGCCGAUGAUGUGCGUACGCAAAGUGCCCUGGACAUGAUGCAGCGGCCGCAUGCGCGCAUCCGCGACUUGCUGCCAUUCGUGCCUGAGCUGCGCAGCAUGCCUGCGAGCACGCUCGAGCGUCUCGCGACAGAGGCCGCGUACAUGCCGCAUCUGCGCCGCCAGGCCGCUGACAUCGAGGCGUUCGAGCGUGACGAGGCGCUUGCGCUGCCCGCCGACCUCGCGUAUGACCAGCUCGCCGGCGUCAGUGACGAGAUGAAAGAGCGCCUCUCCCGUACGCGUCCGCGCACGCUUGGCGAGGCGAAGCGCCUCGCGGGAUGCACGCCGGCGACGUAUGCUGUGCUGUGGCGGCACGCGACAGGCUCAUAG